GUUAAUAGGAUAGCAAGCAGAGAUGUCCCAACCACAGGAUGCUCCUGUUAAAAAGAAAAGACCAGCAGUAAAAGAAGAAGAUCUGAAAGGGGCAAGAACUAAACUUGGUCAACAAACUCCUAUCAAGUCCAAAACAUAUCAAGUUAUGAAAGAAUGUGAACAAUCUGGAUGUGCAGCUCCAUCUGUGUUCAGUCAAGUUAGGACAGGAGAAGAAACAGCCUUCGACAAGCCCAAACAAGGACCAGUGAAGAGUGUAUUUGGCUGAUGAACAUUAAAUAAAUGAAAAGCUCCUUUCAUCAU